CCGCCUCCCGGGCAGACCCCGGUCUGUAACUUCUGCUGCCGGACGCCGACGGAGGGGCCGGGCUGCGGGGACGCGCUCGUGGCGCUGCUUCUCCAAGUUUGGCGCCGCGUGACACCCAUCUCAGACUCUGGUGGGCACUGAUGCCCAGAUUAGACGACCACUUCUGGAGUUGUUCCUGUCCUGCCAGUGAGAGGCAUAAAAAACACCUGAGAGCCGGCGCUGGAGGGCUGGCAGCCAAAGUGGAAGCCAUGCUCAGUCCCUCUGUGUCCAGCCCCUCUUUGCUGGUGGACCACGGUGCCCCACACAGCAGCCCCUCGCCCAGGCGUCACAGCGCUAGUGUGAGUGGCCACCAUUGCAGCAGCAGCCGCCACGCGAACAGUUGGCAUCAUCACUUGGUACAGAGGAGCCUUGUGCUAUUUUCAGUUGGAGUUGUCCUAGCUCUGGUGCUCAACCUGCUACAGAUUCAGAGGAAUGUCACUCUUUUCCCUGACGAAGUGAUUGCCACCAUCUUCUCUUCUGCCUGGUGGGUUCCUCCCUGUUGUGGGACAGCAGCUGCUGUUGUAGGCUUACUCUACCCCUGCAUCGACAGUCAUCUUGGAGAGCCCCACAAGUUUAAGAGAGAGUGGGCCAGUGUAAUGCGCUGUAUCGCAGUUUUUGUUGGCAUCAACCACGCAAGUGCUAAAUUGGAUUUUGCCAAUAAUGUUCAGUUGUCCUUGACUUUAGCAGCCCUGUCUUUGGGCCUCUGGUGGACAUUUGAUCGUUCAAGAAGUGGUCUUGGGCUUGGAAUUACCAUAGCUUUUCUAGCCACUCUGAUCACUCAGUUUCUCGUAUAUAAUGGUGUUUAUCAGUAUACAUCCCCGGAUUUUCUCUAUAUUCGUUCUUGGCUCCCGUGCAUAUUUUUCUCAGGAGGUGUAACAGUAGGAAACAUAGGACGACAGCUGGCUAUGGGUGCUCCUGAAAAGCCACAUAGUGAUUGAGUCUUCAGACCCACUGAUUCUGAAGAAUAAACACGAUCUAGGAAGAAAAUCUGUGUGACUGGACUAUGACAAAGAUGAUCUUUUUCCUAAAUAAUCUAUUUAGAUUGGGCUGAUUGUAUAAAUGACUCCUAGAAAAGUAUUCACUAUUUUAGAAUGAUGAAGUGGAAACAAUAACCACUUAUCUUGAAAUCUGACCUGAAUUCACUGCGCUGGUACCUGUCUGUGCUCUGGGACCUGUGAUACAGCCUGUGGGUGGGAAUUCAGGCCAGAGGCAGUUCCCCAAGUAUUAGAUUUCAUUUAUGUUAUUAAAACAAGUUGCCAUAUUUCAAAGCCUUGAACUAAAACUUAAUGACCAACUCUUGGUUUUAUAUCAGUGCCCAAAGGAGACAGGUUGAUGGUGCUUAACAAAGACAAGUAUGGUAUAAUAAGAAUAAUAUUUAUCCAAAAGUUUUUUAAAAUAGGGUUGUGUUGAAAAAAAAAAAAAAAUCCUGCGUGGGGAGAUUGUUCUCCGAGUGGGGUCACGGCACUGCGGGGCCUGUGGAGCCCCUCCCCCAGCGCUGCCGAGCUGAGCACGCACACUCACGCACGGGGGGGGGCCUGCGCCCUCGGGCUAGUGGGCACACUGAGGCAUGCAGCAUCGGUGGGAGCUAGGCUUCCCCUACCCAUGGAGUUUUGUGUAGACAAUCUUACUGAAAGCAAAAGGCUUUGAAAAGUCAUAGUUCUACACUGGUCUGUUGAAAUUUCCACCUCAGUUUAUGAAAUUGUAUCCAAAAUCCAUAAUCACCUAAAAGUGAAUACACCUUUGCUAUGUAUUUCAGUCUUAGUGAGCCAAAAUGAUUUCUCUGAUACUCCAGAAUAGAGAUGACUUUUUUUUUUCACAGCCCUAUAGAAUUUGCAAUCUGUGAUUGCCUUGUAAAAAGAAGAGUGCGUUUGUCACUACAUUACACAUUUGGUGUUUCUAAAUAGUCAAUUAUAUUGGUGAGCACAAUGUAUUCAUCUAAUGGCCUAGACCAUUCAGACCCAAUUUGCAAGCGUUGGGUCGUAAACUUCAAGUGCAAUGUAUAUGAAAACCAAUCUGAGCCUUCUAUUCUCUUAAAAUAUUUAUUUUUUUUUUAACGUAUGGGAUGUUGAAGAGAGGGGUUCUGCAUUCAUUUCAGUGCUGCGUGAAGGCAAAAUUCAGCAAUAAUUUCUUUCAGCUGCAGAGUGACUUUAUUGUUGCACUUCUACUGAACGCUGUCCGUUGAGAUACUCCAGUUUUGUAGUUUUAGUAUACUUUUAAUUUUUACUUACAAAUUUACCUUUUCGUAUUAUGCAAUUUAAAUGUUUUUGGCUUGUUUUAAAUUCUGUUACAGUGGCUUAAUUAAAAGACUUUCCUUUUAAAUAGAAGUCACCAGUCAGCAGAAUGGAAAUUUAGACUAAGUUGCCUGUGAGCGUUGAUGUAUGUAUUUGAUUUUGUUUAUGUGAUGAUCCUUGCUGGGUUGUUUUGACAAAGAUAUCUUGGGGGUAAAUCUUAGGUUACUAUAGCUAAUUUGUUUUAGAGGAAAUUUGUUUAAAAGAAAAUGGAUCGUUCUGAACUUUGGAAUGACCCCUUAUAAAUUUUCUGAAAUAGAAAAUGAGUAGUUAUGUAAAAAAUUUUUCAAUGAACAUGUCAGCAUUUUAUGAAAAACCAGAAGUUAUUAGAAGAAAGCAGUGGAUGAAUCUUUAAAAUAUACUUGAUAAUGCACAAACAGUAAGUAUUUUUUUCUCUUCAGCUGGAAAUCUCUGUUAGAAAUAAUGUAGCCAAAAAAAAAAAAAUGUGAAUCUGAAGGAUUUCUUUGCCAAUAAUUAAUAGCAAGCGUAUGAACCAAAGUGAUUUGAGUUUGUGAAAUAGUAUGAACAAACUUUGCACUCUACCAGAUUCGAACAUCUAGUGAGAUUCACAUUCAGACUAAGUUUGUGUUCUUUUUGCAUUCAUUUUUUACUUUUAUUAAAGAUUGAAAACCAACAGUAGUAUUUUUGGGAUUUUCUUUAAAGGGUAUUUUCCGUGUAUUAUGUUGGCCUUUGAAAUCAAAGAAUAUUUUAUAGCUCUUCAAAUUUACUGAAAAUGUUACUGAAUUUCAACACAACCUCUUGGGAAAAGAGAAUAUAAUUUGAGUACAUUUUUUCCUUAUGGUGAAAGUUAAGUGCCAUAAAAGCUAACCUGAACUUCCCACUUGUCCACCACCUCCCCACUGAUAGAUUGAAUCCCGGCACCUCCUUAGCAUACUCUGUCCUCUUCAGGGAUACUGGUCCACGCUAUGAGUGAGGGUCUUUUCCUCUCCAGGCUAUGAUAUAGACCCCAGGAAGAGGUGUGGAGCAUCACGGUACCAGCCAGGAAGCUUGAUGGGUAGCAUGGAUGACUACAUUCUCCUCAAUUCUUACUGGGUUGAAAGUAGCCUCAUAUGACUCUAAAAAGCUAUACUUUUUAACAGUUGGUAUAUUCUGCCAUUUUUUAUGUGAUCAUUUCACAAAUACUUGUUGACUGCCCACCGAGUGAUAUGCGCUGUGCUGGGUCUGAGAUUAAGAGACACUCACCGUAAAGCACAAUAAAAAUUAUUAAAAAAAAAAAAAAA